AUGACGUGCGGCACCAAAGCCUCUUGCGAAGGCUGCUCCUGCGAUAGCAACCCGAAGCCGGUCAACAUCGAAGACUGCGAAUCUGAACUCCUCGCGCUGCGCAAGCGCACCUUCGAAUUGGAGAAGAAGCUCGCUUCGUUCAAGGAUGGUCCCGCGCCCCCACGUCAAGGCCGCAAGCUGCGGUCUGCGCAGUGGUUCAACAACGAGAAUAACCCAGGGAUGACGGCACUGUACAUAGAGCGCUACCUAAAUUAUGGCAUGACGCGCGAGGAGCUCAUGUCGGGGAAACCGGUGAUUGGCAUCGCACAGUCUGGCUCAGAUAUUGCGCCGUGCAAUCGGCACCACUUGGAGCUUGCGAAGCGUGUACGUGAAGGCAUUCGAAGUGCUGGGGGGAUUGCAUUUGAGUUUCCUACGCAUCCGAUCCAGGAGAGCUCGCGCCGGCCGACGGCCUGCUUGGAUCGCAAUCUGGCAUAUCUAGGGUUGGUGGAGAUUCUGUAUGCAUACCCGUUGGAUGGCGUGGUGCUUUUGACUGGGUGCGAUAAGACGACACCUGCAGCAUUGAUGGCGGCAGCUACUGUAAAUAUUCCGGCAAUUUGUCUCAACGUCGGACCGAUGCUUAAUGGCUACAUGAAAGAUGAACUGGCCGGCUCAGGAAUGGUGGUUUGGAAGGGGAGAGAAUUGUACGCGGCUGGCAAAAUCAACCGCGAGGAGUUCAUCGACUAUGUUUCUCGAGGGGCCCCAUCUGUGGGUCAUUGCAACACCAUGGGUACCGCCUCAACUAUGAACGCACUUGCAGAAACACUGGGCAUGGCGCUUCCAGGCUCGGCGGCCAUCCCGGCACCUUAUCGUGAGCGUGGUCAAUGUGCUUAUGAAACAGGCGAGCGAAUUGUCGAGAUGGUCCACGCGGACCGUAAGCCAAGCGACAUCAUGACUCGCGAAGCUUUUGAGAACGCUAUCAUUACCAACACCGCCAUUGGUGGCAGCACGAACGCUCCGAUUCACAUCAAUGCUAUGGCGAAGCACAUUGGCGUGGAGCUUUCGCUCGAUGACUGGGAUCAGCUAGGCUUUCACUUCCCGCUCCUCCUCAACAUGCAGCCCGCUGGCGAGUUCUUGGCUGAAGAGUAUUUCCGCGCCGGUGGAUUACCUGCUAUUAUGGCAGAGUUGCUUGAGGCUGGGAAGCUGCGCCCUCGGGCAUUAACUUGCAAUGGCAAAACCGUGGAAGAAAACGUACGUGGCCAGCAGUCAUGGAACCGAAAGAUAAUUCGACCUUAUAACGAGCCGCUUAUGGCGGAUGCUGGAUUUGUGCAUCUUCGAGGCACCCUCUUCAACUCGGCCAUCAUGAAGACUUGUGUGAUUUCUCCGGCAUUCCGCCAGAAGUUCCUUGAGAAUCCCAAUGAUCCGAACGCCUUCGAAGGCAUGGUCGUGGUAUUUGAUGGGCCGGAGGACUACCACAGCCGGCUUGAUGACCCAGCAACACCCAUUGACGAUACAAGCAUCCUUGUCAUGCGUGGAGCCGGCCCCUUGGGGUAUCCUGGGGCAGCUGAGGUAGUCAACAUGCAUCCACCAGCACGUCUACUGCGCCAAGGUGUCAAUUCACUCCCUUGUAUUGGUGAUGGCCGCCAGUCUGGCACAUCAGGUUCUCCGUCCAUCCUGAACGCAAGCCCCGAGGCAGCUGCGGGCGGUAACCUGGCCAUCCUCCGCGACGGUGACCGUAUACGGGUGGACCUGACCAAACGCCAAGUAGAUAUCUUCCUUGCCCCCGAAGAGAUUGAGCGCCGCCAUGCUAUUCUUCACGCCCAUGGCGGCUACUCUGUACCAGAGAACCAGACACCAUGGCAGGAGAUCUUCCGUCGCGAGACCGACCAGUUAAGUGAGGGUAUGGUUCUCCGCGAUGCUGUUAAGUACCAGAGAGUUGCACAGCGGUGGGAAGAGCCAAGACAUAACCACUAG